ACGCAGCGCUCUCGUCUCACUCCUGCUGGUCUCAGCAUCUCCACUCUUUCGUCUCUCUGGUGUGAGUGUGUUCGUCUGCAGAUCGGCUUGUGUUCUGAAGGAACGUCUCACUCACACUGGAUGUAUAAACGCUGGAGGAGUAAAACCACAGACGUUCACCAUGUUUACCUGAGGACAUCUGCUGCUGGACCAGCGGGGCAUGUUGUCACACUUUUCCCUCCGGUGAACAAACCUGGAAAUCUGGACAUCGAGAUCACGGGACGCACACUGAGCUCUGUAGCGGGGCAUGUUGUCACACGGUGUGGGGAGAUGCGAGUGAAUCACGAUGGACGGAGAGAAGAACGUCACUCUCAGCGCAAACGUCUCCGGCGUGCACAGCCUGUGGGAGGCGGUCACCAUAGCAACCGUCUCCGCCGUGGUCAGCCUCAUCACCAUCGUGGGGAACGUUCUGGUGAUGCUGUCCUUCAAGGUGAACAGCCAGCUGAAGACGGUCAACAACUACUACCUGCUGAGCCUGGCCUGCGCUGACCUCAUCAUCGGCGUCUUCUCCAUGAACCUCUACACGUCGUACAUCCUCAUGGGCCGCUGGGCUCUGGGAAGUGUGGCCUGCGAUCUGUGGCUGGCUCUGGAUUACGUGGCCAGUAACGCGUCUGUGAUGAACCUGCUGGUCAUCAGUUUCGACCGCUACUUCUCCAUCACACGUCCACUGACGUAUCGUGCCAAACGGACCCCGAAGCGAGCGGGAAUCAUGAUUGGAUUGGCUUGGCUCGUGUCUUUCGUCCUCUGGGCUCCGCCCAUCCUCUGCUGGCAGUAUUUCGUCGGAAAGCGAACGGUUCCUGAAGGACAGUGUCAGAUUCAGUUCUUCUCUGAACCUGUGAUCACGUUUGGCACGGCGAUAGCCGCCUUUUACGUUCCCGUAUCCGUCAUGACCAUCCUCUACUGUCGGAUCUAUAAGGAGACCGAGCGACGCACCAAAGAUCUGGCCGAGCUUCAAGGAGUCAACUCUUUGAACGAUCCAGAUGCACCGAAUCAAAAGACUCGUUCGUGUCUCACUUUAAAAGACGAGCGGCUGACCAACUUCAGCUACGCUUCAUCCGAAGAAGAAGAGCGUUCGGCUUCUCCUUGUGUCUUCAAAGAGACGAGAAACAAAAAGUGCAUUUCUUAUAAAUUCAAAGACGUUCGUUCUACGAAGAGCGCUAAUGGAGAGGAAAAGCCCUCUUCGUUGUCGUCGGCCGAGUCUGUGAACGCACCGUCUUCCUCCAAACCUGUGGAAGGCACGCUGAAGAGCCAGAUCACCAAGAGGAAGAGGAUGGUUCUGAUCAAGGAGAAGAAGGCGGCGCAGACUCUCAGUGCCAUCCUGCUGGCCUUCAUCCUCACCUGGACGCCCUACAACAUCAUGGUGCUGGUGUCCACCUUCUGCUCCGACUGCGUGCCGCUCUCGCUCUGGCAUCUGGGAUACUGGCUGUGUUACGUCAACAGCACCGUCAACCCCAUGUGCUACGCUCUGUGCAACAAGACCUUCCAGAAGACCUUCCGCAUGCUGCUGCUGUGCCACUGGAGGAAGAAGAGGAGCGAGGAGAAGCUGUACUGGAGCGGAGCGAAGCCUGCGGCCGGAAACACUCUCAGCUGAGAGAGAAACUCUCCUCCACUGCACAGACUCACUUCCUUGAAGCGAUGCACUACCAUUCAGCUUUACCUGUUUCUGCUCACUAACGCUGCAUUUAUUUGAUCAAAUAUUUUGACAAAUGAUU